AUGGUGAAACAAGAACCCAAGAUCCAAACCAGCACCAAGAAGGAAAUGUCUUUGUCUUCACCAUCUCAUUCUUCAUCCUCCUCUUCAUCUUCUCCUAAGAUCAAGAAGAACAAGAUUAAGAAGUACAAAGGAGUGAGGAUGAGAAGUUGGGGAUCAUGGGUGUCUGAGAUCAGGGCACCAAAUAAAAAAACUAGGAUUUGGUUGGGCUCUUACUCAACAGCUGAAGCAGCAGCUAGAGCUUACGAUGUUGCACUCUUGUGUCUUAAAGGCCCUCAAGCCAAUCUCAACUUCCCUAUUUCUGCUUCUUCUCAUCUUCUAUUAGAUGAAAAGACCAUUUUGUCCCCUAAAUCCAUCCAAAAAAUUGCCGCUCAAGCUGCCAACAACUCAUUAGACAUGUUGGCUUCUUCUUCAUCGGCCGACUCGUCACCGUCCGAUCAUGAUCAACAUCUUGAUGAUAAUGAUGAUGGUAUGCAAUCUUUGAUAGGGUCUUUCGUGGACAAUCAUGUGUCUUUGAUGGAUCCAUCAUCAUCAUGGUAUGAUGAUGGACAUAAUGGGAUGUUCUUCUUCGAUGAUGGAGCUCCGUUUAAUUACUCUCCUCCAUUGAACUCGACCACGAAUGUGGUCGAUGGGUACGUCUACGAAGAUGCUAAUAUUCCACUUUGGAGUUUCAGUUGAUCAGACGGUCCAGAAUACAUACUUUACUAUACAUAUUUUAUAACUUAUAAAAUUCUUUUAAUAUGUUAAUUAAUUUACGUUUAACAAAACGUUUUAUUAAUCUACCUUCGUCGUAAUUAUACUUUUCAAGUUGUUCGUUGCUUGGAGAAAAUAGACGACGGAUAUGUAACUGACUGUAAUAUCAUUGAAGCUAUUAUAAGUCAUUAUUGCAAUACGCUUGGGAGUUAAGAGGUGGGUGGUCUAGGAAGAUCACAUGAACAAGAAGCCUUUUUCUCACUUGUUCCACUUUUUCAUGUGACUUUUCCUUUUAAUUAUAUUUUAGUAAUAGCGUGUUGUAUUAUUGUAAAGAUAUAUAUUAUGUUUAUGAAAUAAAUCCGGUGCUCAAUAUCAAGAUUUUGUUAAUUUUUUCAACGGAUUCACGUGUAUAUAUGUCAUAUGUGCAGAAUAGCAAAAUGUAAUGAUUUUG